CGAACACACACCAUCUUGCUCUUCUGUAACGACCUGACGACGAGACCUCUUUCCUCUUAACGACUUUGACGACCUUUAUACCACACCCUCAAACCAACCUCAAAGACAUUCCAAGAUGGGCUGCGUGUGCUCCUGCCUUGCUUCGACCUUUAUGGUCCUCGGCGAAGUCUUUGAGACGCUUUUCCUCGCCGUCGGCGAGGUCGGUGCCAUUCUGAUCCGCGGCAUCUUUGGCCUCAUCGUUGGUCUCUGCGACGUCCUGGCCGCCUGCAUGUGCUGCUGCCAGGUUCCCUUCUCGGAGCGUCCCGACCGAGGCACGUAUACCUACAGCUCCCUCCACCGGUCCAACGUCGGCCCCACCCAGGUCCUCCUCGGCGGCUUCACCAAGCAGGGACGGAGGGAUCGCGCCGUGCGAAAGGAGCUCAGGAAGAAGGAGCAUGCCGAGAAGUGAGUCUUGUCUAUGCAGACCGACCCGCAAGAGGCGCGGUGUGAAGGGGAAGGCA